CAUAUUGUGGAGACCUCUAUGCGCUUAACAUUAUUACCACCGGCCAUUGGAUUAAGCGCAUAUAGAAUACAUACUCAGCUCCCACAGAAGGAUGCAGCUGUAUUCAGCUCAUUCUGUGUUUGAACCUACCAGGUACCCACUUGUACUCCUGGGUGGAGAGAGACAAUAUGAUAAACAAUACGACAAAUUUACUUGGCCACAAUGUCAGAAUACUGAGGCUGCUGUUUGAUGGCAGCUUCGCUUCUCUGCGGUUAACAAUUACCUGAUUUCAAUCAAGCACAGGGCUACAUGAGUAGCGAAACAUAUCAGAUUUUAUAAUGCAUGUGCACUCUACAAAAUACCUGAGUUUAUUUCUGGUACUAGGCUUCAUGUUAAACAUCAACGCAGUUAGAUUCAUUCAGAACCCUGCGGAUAUUUCUACAAUAGAGGGUAACCGUGUGUUUUUCUUUUGCAUUGUUGAUGAUUUACAUGAUUCGCAAGUUGUUUCCUGGAUGCGAGAUGAUACAAAAUUGAGUUCCGGCAACCGUAUAUUUAAACUACUUUCUACUUAUACAGUGACAGUUGAUAAAGUCGUCGGACAAUACCGUCUUAUGAUUGAUCCAGUAUCACGUGACGAUGGUUUACACAAAUAUUUCUGUUCGGUCUUUCAAGGUAGUAAUAGUAUUUUGGAGUCUAAUUCUGCGUCACUAACUGUGUUAGAAGUCCCGGCAAACUACUUUCCGAUAUGUAGCCCUUUGCAAACAAGUUACUUACUUGGAGCUACAGUUACAUUAACAUGCAAGUCAGAGUUAACAUCUCCACUAGUUGAUCUUUGGUGGAUUCGAGACAGACACACCCUUGCUAAUGGACAAUUUAAUAUUGAUCAUGAAAAAAAAGUGGUGCACCUCACUUACAGUUUCCAACCUGAACUUUCGGACGUAGGUACAAUAUUUACAUGCUGUUUAUCAUCUUCUACUGUUUUUGUUUCCAGAAAUUGUAGCACAUCUCCGUUGCAGAUAUAUACAAACCCUAAAGUUUCUAUCCAGGGCACUCAGUUGUUAACAGAAGACAAGGAAGCUAUUUUUAUAUGCCAUGAUGCUGUUGGACACAUCUAAACACUAUCCAUCGACCCAGUUUGAAAGAGCACGAUGCCUACAGUGAACUUAAUGACCCAUCUCCAUUGCAUUUGCAGUCGACAGUACAUUGGAAACGUUCAAUCGGGACACAAGUUAAUGAGGGUGUAGAUUAUAAUCCAAUAUAUGUUGAGAUACCUGCCGAUAGAUAUAUACACACAUCAGAGGUAACAACUACGUUAUAACUUGUUCAUGCUACAAUAUCAAUAUAAUAUGUAAACAAAUAUCAAUACGAGCUUGCAUUGAUUAUCGUAAUUUUUAUACAAGUUUUCAGCCGAACUUAAUUUUCGUAUACAUACUUAUACGUAUACAUAACAGCAAUUAUUGUAUUCAAACUACAAGAAAAUUGUUUAUUAGGUUAUAUACUGUGACAGUUUUCAUAUGUAUACAUUAAAAUGAUAUUGAAUAUGAAAUUACUGCAACUAAAACAACAAAUUAUUGUUAUUUAAUUAA